AUGUUGGAAGAUAUUGGAAAGCUACCAAACAUCAAGAGGACAUUGGAGAGGGCUAUAUCACUAAAUGGGUAUAUUUAUAAUUGCUCAGAGCUACUCAACAUGAUGAGGCGGUUUACUGGACAAAGGGAAUUGCUUAGGCCUACUAAGACUCGGUUUGCAACUGCUUUCAUCACAUUAUCGCGAUUGCAUGAACAAAAAAACAAUUUGAGGAAGAUGUUUACAAGCUCAGAUUGGUCAGAUAGUAAACGGGCAAAAGAGCAGAAGGGGAAAACUAUAGCCAACAUAGUUCUAAUGCCUUCAUUUUGGAACACUAUUGUGUUUUACUUAAAGGUUUCGGGUCCCCUAGUUCGUGUGCUUCGUUUGGUUGAUGGUGAAAAAAAAGCUCCUAUGGGAGACAUCUAUGAGGCCAUGAAUAGAGCUAAGGAUGCAAUUGUGAGAAGUUUUAAUGGAAAUGAAGAGAAGUACAAAGAAAUCUUCAACAUCAUUGAUAAGAGGUGGGAGAUUCAGCUUCAUCGGCCUUUGCAUGCAGCAGGGUACUUUUUGAACCCGGAAUUCUUCUAUGAUAAGCUAGAAAUAGAGCAUGAUGCCGAGAUUAUGAGUGAUUUGUAUAAAUGCAUCUUAAGGCUAACAAGAGACCUUGCUAAGCAAGAAAAAGUUGUGGCCGAAGUGAGUUUGUUCACAAAUGCCCAAGGACUAUUUGGGAAUGAGUUAGCUGUUAGGACAAGAAAGACUAGAGCACCAGCUGAAUGGUGGGCUGCAUAUGGAGCUUCAGCUCCAAAUUUGCAAAAGUUUGCAAUGAAAGUCCUCAACUUAACAUGCAGUGCAUCAGGUUGUGAACGAAAUUGGAGCAUCUUUGAAAAUAUUCAUAGCAAGAGGAGAAAUAGGUUAGAUCAUCAACGCUUGAAUGAUUUGGUGUACAUCAAGUAUAAUCGAGCCUUGAAGAGAAGAUACAAUGAACAUGAUUUUGUAUUUGAUGAUGACAAUUUGACAUGGGGUGAUGUUGCUAGAGCUGCUGGAGCUGAGGAGGCCAGUUAUAAAGAAAUAGGGCAAGCUGCAGAGAUCCCUGCCUCAGAUUUAAAGAAAUGCCUGAAGUCUAUGGCUUGUGUUAAGGGAAAGAAUAUUCUCGGGAAGAAGCAAAGGAUGAAGGAGGGCCAAGAAGAAAUUGCCGAAGAUUGGCUUGAGAAGUUGUCAGGCAUGAUGUUGUAUUUCCUAUCAUAUUCUUUGGUCACAUUGAAGUCAGUCCCUCUGGAUCUCGUAAAUGGAUUGAGGGAGAGGUCAUGCAGGCUCUAG